AUGGCCCUAUCACCGCUUGACGUCAGUGCUCAUGGGGCCGUGCUCCCCCACCAAUGCCUGUAUCUCGCCGCCGUCUUUGUGCUGGCUUAUGCAUUGUUCAAGCUUGCAACCUACACCGAUAUCCCCUACAUCAAGGGCAUACCGGAAAUCCCCGGUGCCAUCCCCGUCGCCGGCCACCUCUUCAAGCUCGGUGAAGACCAUGCCACAACUUGCGAGAAGUGGUGGAAGGACUACGGCUGGUCCGUCUUCCAGAUCCGGCUUGGCAACACUCGCGCCGUAGUCUUCAACUCAUUCGAGGACUGCCGCGAUGUCCUCAUCAAACACCAGUCUGCCGUUAUCGACCGCCCGAAGCUCUACACUUUUCAUGGUGUCAUCUCUUCGACCCAAGGCUUCACCAUCGGUUCGUCGCCGUGGGAUGCCAGUUGUAAGAACAAGCGGAAGGCUGCUGGUACAGCCCUCAGCCGUCCCGCUUUGCGGAACUACUACCCCAUGUUCGAUCUGGAGAGCUUCUGCAUCGUUCGAGACAUGCAAAAGGACAGCAAGGCCGGCGAGCUGGAGAUCAGCGUCAGGCCCUACAUCCAACGCUACGCGCUGAACACCACUUUGACCCUCUGCUAUGGCAUUCGUAUGGACGAAGUCUAUGACACCCUGCUGCGCGAGAUUCUGCACGUGGGCUCCGCCAUUUCUCUCCUUCGCAGCGCCUCGGAGAACUACCAAGACUAUAUUCCCGCCUUGAGGUACCUGCCCAACAACGAGAAGAACAAGAGAUCCAAGGACCUUCGGGCGAGACGAGAUGCCUACCUCAACCAUCUGCUGGACAAGGUCCGCGAGAUGAUCAAGAAUGGCACAGACAAGCCCUGCAUUUCUGCUGCCAUCCUCAAGGAUCAGGAGACCAAGCUGACGGGCGUCGAGGUCAGCUCCAUUUGUCUUUCUCUCGUCUCUGGCGGCUUUGAAACCAUUCCCGGUACUUUGACUUCCUGCAUCGGGUCUCUCGCCACACCAGAGGGUCAAAUAUUCCAGGAGCGUGCCUACGCCGACAUCAAAAGACACUACCCCAACAUCAAGGAUGCUUGGGAGAACAGUUACCAGGAUGAGAAGGUUCCAUACCUCCGCGCCAUGAUCCAGGAGGCCGGCCGAUACUACACCGUCAGCGCCAUGAGUCUUCCACGCAAAACCGUCACAGAGGUCAACUGGAAUGGUGCCAUCAUUCCACCCAAGACCAUGAUCCUCAUCAACGCACAGGCCGGCAACCAUGACACCGAUCACUUUGGUCCCACGGGUAACAAGUUCGAUCCCGAGCGGUGGCUGGAGCCCAUCACCGCAGAUAAUCAUAUGGGUCCGUUCGUCGAGAAGCCCCUUCAUGGCGUAGCCCAUCACUCGUUUGGCGCGGGCGCCCGCGCAUGCUCUGGACAGUACAUUGCCGUUCGCUUGCUGUACGCCGCUCUGAUCCGCAUCAUCUCGUCCUAUCGCAUCGUCGCGAGCGAAUCGGAGCCACCAAAUACGGAUUACGUCGACUACAAUCAGUUCAAAACAGCACUCGUAGCCAUCCCGAGGGACUUUAAGGUCAAACUUAUUCCCAGGGAUCGUGGAAUGACGGAAGAAUGCUUGGAUUCCGCAUUUGAGCGUACGAAACAACAUUACAAGGAAAACGUAAAAGGCUUUGAGGGCUAUGACUGA